CUCAGUUGCGUAACAAUCGUGAAGCAGUGAAAAAUUUGUAACAUCUAGAGUCACGUAGAGGUUAAGAGUAUCAUUUUAUUUUGUUGCACGUUGAAAGCGGAUUACCUUUGGAAUUCAAAAUGUUGGGUCGGCUUACUGCACGUCUGAUGACCACUGUUCCCCGGCGACACGUCCAACGUGUGAGUCGCCCGCUUAAUUUCCGUUACAGUUUAAACGGACCGGUUGGCGUACACCCGGCACAAGUGGAAUCUAAAGCGUGGGAGAUCUUCGCUGGAUUUGGCUUUUUUUCACUCUGCAUGUGGGGACCAACUCUUUACCUGGCUAAGCAAUGGAAACUCUACGGAAAACCAGAAUCUUAAGAUGGAUUUUAACUUCAAAACUAUAUGAAAAACUGUCAGAAAAUUAAUUAUUUUUUUGUUUAGUAGUGUGAUUUUAGCAGACAUGGUGUACACGAUGUAACAUUUUAAAAUUACAAAGUUCGUGAUUUUGGUUUAUAUCCAAAAAAGUUCCAUUAAAUUAAACCACGUUUCAAAGUAUUGAAUGUUAAAAUAUUCCAACUAAAUAUUGAUGCUGUUUAUUGCAAUGAUUCAAACGUGCCAUGUUCAUGAAUUAAAAAAAUAUAAAAUAUGUUGCUUUUUGCGUAAACUGAAUGCUUAAAAUUGUAUUACUUCAGGCUGCAGGUCCUUUUACCGACUAGUUUCAUUAUUAAAAGGUUUAUUAUUAAAUGUUAAAAUGGGGAUAUUGGAAAAGAUUUCUGAGAUUGAAAAAGAAAUUCAGAGAACUCAAAAAAAUAAAGCAACUGAAUACCAUCUGGGAUUGUUGAAAGCAAAACUCGCAAGAUAUCGAGCACAGCUAUUAGAAGGGUCCAAGACAUCAGGUCCUAAAGGAGAGGGCUUCGAUGUUAUGAAAUCAGGGGAUGCAAGAGUAGCAUUGGUCGGAUUUCCUUCAGUUGGUAAAUCUACUUUGCUAUCAACAUUAACCUCUACUACCAGCGAGUGUGCUUCGUACGAGUUCACAACUUUAACCUGCAUCCCUGGUGUGAUAGAGCAUAACGGGGCAAGCAUCCAACUUCUGGAUCUUCCAGGGAUUAUAGAAGGAGCUGCUGCUGGUAAAGGAAGAGGAAGACAGGUCAUCUCGGUUGCUCGGACUGCCGACAUUGUUGUGAUGAUGUUGGAUGCUUUGAAAGGUGACAUCCAAAAGGAGCUGCUUACAAAAGAACUGGAAGCUGUCGGAAUAAGGCUGAAUAAGAAGCGGCCGAAUAUUUAUUUCAAGGAGAAAAAAGGUGGAGGGAUUUCUAUAACUGCUACUUGCAUUCUGACCAAAAUAUCAGAAAGGAUGAUCAAUCUUAUACUUCAUGAGUACAAGAUAUUCAAUGCAGAUGUGGUGUUUAGGGAUGACUGCGGCACGGAAGAGUUUAUUGAUGUUGUGGUGGGAAAGCGAAAAUACAUGCCAUGUUUAUAUGUCUACAACAAGAUCGAUCAAAUCUCCAUUGAAGAAGUUGAUCGUAUUGCAUGGCAACCUCACUGUGUUGUCAUUAGUUGCAAUAUGUUGCUAAACCUGGAGCAUUUAAAAGAAAUGAUCUGGAGAUAUCUGCAUUUGAUUACUGUUUACACCAAGAAACCCGGGAAGAAACCAGACUUUAAUGAUGGUCUCAUCUUGCGUUCGAAUUGCACCGUAGAACAUGCAUGCCAUGCCAUUCAUAGGACUCUGGUUCAGAAUUUUAAAUACGCUCAGGUUUGGGGCCACAGCGCUAAGUAUAAUGGACAGCACGUGGGGUUAUCGCAUAAAUUGUCUCAUGAGGAUGUUUUGCUUGUUACGAAAAAGUAACAGAUAACCUUUGGGAUAAUAAAAUGUAAAAGAUUAAGCACUAGGAAAUCACGCAUGCCAUUGCUUGUUAUUUAAGGUCAUGGCUUGUGGUGUAUGUUUCUAUAUUCUGAAUCCUACCGCUCUUGUUAAGUUCAUACAUUUGUGCAGUGCUGCCCUGUCUAAUAUUCUCUCUAAACUUGUGCCCAAAUCAAAGUUGGUGAUGGUGUUGAUUGGCAACAUUGCUGAAUUUACUUCUUUCUUGCAAAAAAGUCACAUCAAAGUAAAACAAAAACAUUCUUGUU